GUCUUCUGAGCCCUCCGGGCCCCCGUCGCGGAGGAAGCGGGCUCCGCGGAAAGGGGCGGGCCUCGUACGCCAAGGCGGCUGGUUUGAAAAGUGACAACAGUUGGAGGCUUCUGGAUUUGUCAUUUCGCUUGUCUCCAGUCUUCUGAGAGCUGCUGCGACCGCAGAAGGACCUUGCCGAGCCAUUCCUGAGUCUGCAGAGGAGGAGACUCUCAGAAUGGAGACUCUGUCAUUCCCCAGAUACAAUGUAACUGAGAUUGUGGUUCAUAUUCGAAAUAAAAUACUAACAGGAGCUGAUGGCAAAAACCUCUCUAAGAAUGAUCUCUAUCCAAACCCAAAGCCUGAGGUCUUGCAUGCUAUCUACAUGAGAGCCUUACAGAUAGUGUAUGGGAUCCGGCCGGAGCACUUCUACAUGAUGCCGGUGAACGUAGAAGUCAUGUAUCCACAACUAAUGGAGGGCUUUUUACCAAUCACCAAUUUAUACUCUCAUCUGGCCUCCUUUAUGCCCAUCUGCCGAGUGAAUGACUUUGAGUUCUCCGAUCUUCUGUAUCCAAAAGGCAAACGGACAAUGCGGUUUUUGAGUGCCAUUAUCAACUUUAUUCACUUCAGAGAAGCAUGCCAGGAGACGUAUGCAGAGUUUCUUUUGGAAAAUAAAUCCUCUGCAGACAAAAUGCAGCAGUUAAGGAGUGUGCACCAGGAAGCAUCGAUGAAACUGGAGAAACUCGAGUCAGUUCCAGUUGAAGAGCAGGAAGAGUUCAGGCAGCUUAUGGAUGACAUUCAAGAGCUGCAGCACUUGCUGAACCACGAGUUUAGGCAGAAAACGUCAGUGCUGCAGGAGGGAAUUGCCCAAAAGAAAUCAGCUAUUUCAGAAAAGACCAAGCGUUUGAAUGAGCUAAAGCUGUCCUUGGCUUCUUUGAAAGAAGUUCAAGACAGCUUGAAAAGCAAAGUUGUGGACUCUCCCGAGAAGGUGAAGAACUUGAAAGAGAAGAUGAAGGACACCGUCCAGAAGCUCCAGAGUUCCCGGCAAGAAGUGAUGGAGAAGUAUGAACUCUAUAGAGACUCUGUGGAUUGCCUGCCUUCCUGUCAGCUGGAGGUGCAGUUAUAUCAAAAGAAAAUCCAGGACCUUGCAGAUAACAGGGAGAAACUGAGCAGCAUCUUGAAGGAGUGCUUGAACCUGGAGGACCAGAUUGAAAGUGAUUCAUCAGAACUAAAGAAACUGAAGACUGAAGAAAACUCACUCAAAAGACUGGUGACUGUGAAGAAGGAGAAGCUUGCCACCACACGCUUCAAGAUAAACAAGAAGCAGGAAGACGUGAAGCAGUACAAGCGGACAGUGAUCGAAGAUUGCAAUAAAGUUCAAGAAAAAAGAGAUGCUGUCUGUGAGCAGGUAACCACCAUUAACCAAGAGAUCCAGAAGAUUAAAUCUGGGAUUCAGCAACUGAAAGAUGCCGAGAAAAGGGAGAAACUGAAGUCUCAGGAAAUCUUUGUCAACUUGAAAAGCGCUCUGGAGAAGUACCAUGAGAGCAUUGAGAAGACCACGGAGGAGUGCUGCACUAGAACAGAAGAGAAGACAGCCGAGCUGAGGAAGAGGAUGUUCCGAGUGCGGCCUUGAUCCGCACAGGCAGCCAGCCCUCCAGUACACUGCCUUCCCGUUUCCCUUUGGCAUAGUUACAGCGAUGCUAAUAGAAGUGCCAGCCAUGUCCGCUAACUUACCUGGUCACCUGGUCACCGCUGGUUCCUGUUUCCCUUCGGCAUAGUUACAGCGAUGCUAAUAGAAGUACCAGCCACGUACGCUAACUUACCCGUUCACCUGGUCACCGCUGGUUCCUGUUUCCCUUUGGCAUAGUUACAGCGAUGCUAAUAGAAGUACCAGCCACAUCCACUAACUUACCUGGUCACCUGGUCACCGCUGGUUCCUGUUUCUCUUUGGCAUAGUUACAGCGAUGCUAAUAGAAGUGCCGGCCACGUCCACUAACUUACCCGGUCACCUGGUCACCGCUGGUUCCGUUUGCCUUUGGUGUGCUUUUAUAGGCUGGUGUGCUCCCUGUGUUUUUUCUUUGUAUUUUAAGUACCAAAAAUAAUAGGACAGCAAAUAAAGGUAGAAAUACUUAAUAGGUAGAAUUUUGAGAAAUUGUUCAGUAUCCACUAGGCAAGAGGUCUAGGAUUGAUAUUCGGAGGUAAAAUGAAGGCGUUCUUUCGGUUGGUGUGACUUUUCCUAAGCACACAUUGUUGAAGGACAACUGAGGUUUUAGGAUUAAGCUAUGUCAUAAGCAGAACUGUUAAGUAUUUUUUUAACCUUUCACUUAUACCAUGAAAUAAACUUAAAUGAGCUUCAA